AUGAACCAACCCGAUUCCGACAAAUCGCCAUCGAAAACCCCUGGUGUCAGCUUUGAUCUAGGCCAGGAGGAGGCAGCAGCUCUCGACGACUUCGAUACGCAAAGCCAUGCCAGCUCCCGUGAUCCCGGUAGCGCACAAACAGCGGACCCCGCGCUAGGCCCAGACAACGGGACACUAGACCAACGAGACGACGGCCAGUCCAAUCUUGAACCUCUGAACGACGACGAUAAACCGGCUUGGAGCGAGAUGAAGACCAAGGCUGGAAAGGAGCGGAAGCGCCUGCCGCUGGCAUGCAUCGCAUGCCGCCGCAAGAAAAUCCGCUGCUCGGGCGAAAAGCCUGCCUGCAAACAUUGUACGCGCUCGAGAAUUCCGUGUGUGUAUAAAGUAACUACACGGAAGGCGGCGCCGCGCACGGAUUAUAUGGCUAUGUUGGACAAGCGACUGAAGAGGAUGGAAGAUCGCGUAAUUAAGACAAUACCCAAGGAGGAGACGAGAGAUAUGGUCUCUAUUGGGAGAUCGGUUGUCAAGCCUUCCGCCUCGGUCCAGCCGUCAAAAUCACAGAAGAAACGAAGCGCGGAAGAGGCAUUUGCAGCAGAAAUGGAGGAAUGGACUCGUGGGGAUGUCCGCCCACCACAAGAGACGUUCCCAACGAAUCGUGAAACCAAACCCACCGAUGGAACUGGCCUUCUCACCGAGGGAGCCGAAUUCUUACCAUCAUUGGAGAUACAAGAGCAUCUUGCAGAGGUGUUCUUUGAUUGUGUCUAUGGGCAGUCAUAUCUCUUAUUACACAAACCCAGCUUUAUGCGAAGGCUUAAAGCAGGCUCAAUUCCCCCUGUCUUAAUUCUUGCUGUCUGUGCUGUAUCUGCACGAUUUUCCACACACCCUCAGCUCAACUCCGAUCCGCCAUUCUUGCGUGGAGAGAACUGGGCUAAUCCCGCUGCGGCCAUCGCUCUGAGCCGGCACGACGAACCAAACAUUACUAUCCUUACGGUCUUUUUACUUCUUGGUCUUCACGAGUUUGGGACCUGUCACGGUGGACGAAGUUGGUCAUAUGGAGGCCAGGCAUUACGAAUGGCCUACGCGUUGCAGCUCCAUCAGGAACUUGAUCAGGAUCCAGUACUCAGUCAGAAGAAUGGCAACGGCUCACAGCUGAGCUUUACUGAUCAAGAAAUUCGACGCCGCACCAUGUGGGCAUGUUUCUUGAUGGAUCGAUAUAACUCUUCCGGAAGUCAGCGGCCCCCUAUUGGGAAUGAAAAAUUCUUACAAAUACAGCUUCCUAUCAAGGAAACUCACUUCCAGAUGGAGAUACCUGGUCCAACAGAAGAUCUUGACGGCGAUGUCAUUAAUCCCGUACUUGAAGAUGCGGGCCAGCUAUUUAAUGCUAAAGAGAACAUGGGUGUCUCGGCAUACAUUAUCCGUGCUAUCAUCAUAUGGGGGCGCAUCGUUGACUACCUGAAUCUGGGUGGGAAAAGAAAGGACUCACAUCCACUUUGGCAUCCACAGUCAGGAUACAUGCAGCUUAAGCGGCAAAUUGAGGAAUUCUCUGCGUCUCUUCCGGCACCUUUGACCUUCACCUACGAAAAUCUUCAAAUCCAUGCAUCAGAGAAGAUUGCAAAUCAGUUCAUUUUCCUCCACAUCAUCACACACCAGAACAUGCUGUUUCUCAAUCAUAAUGCAGGCCGAGCCGCAGUGGAGGCUGCGCAUCACAUAUCAGUGCUAUUUGAUCGAGCUUCGGCCUAUCCCCUCACUGUCCCUUUUGCUGGUUACUGCGCUUACUCGGCAAGUACAGUUCACAUCUGGGGGAUCUUCUCGAAGAACGUACAGCUAGAGGCACGCUCAAAAGAGAACCUCCGGCAUACCUAUCGCUAUCUCAAUAAAAUGAAAAAGUACUGGGGAAUGUUCCAUUAUAUGGUUGAGAGUGCCAAGGAUCGGUAUCGCCUGUUCGCUGAUGCAGCUAUAAAGGGCUCUGUGGCAACUGAUGGCGCAUCGUUGGCACCAAUGUUUCAAUAUGGUGACUGGUUCGACAAAUAUCCCCAUGGAGUGUCAAGAGUACACUGGGAGGGACCCGAAACGCGACACAAAGAAACGGGCGAAGACGCAGUCAUGGGCCAGAAACCCGACCUCCAGAGCGUGGAAGAUUUCUUUGCCGGCCUUUCCCCCACUCCGCAGCCAGUUCAACCCCGCAAGUCCCGACCUCGCAAGAACAGCAAGCUAUCAAAUGGAGCACCGGGUAUGGACCAGACUUCACCGCAGUCUGUGAUGGAAGCCAUUAUAGGAAACGCCCCCGGUGGCCCAGACAGUGCAUUCCCACAGCCAUCCAUGUUCCAGCAAUCCCGGCCAAUGCCAUUCGGUCAACCACCUUUCGACUUCGGUAUCCCACCAGACCAAUUACCGCAACUAGAUCGGCAAUUUGUCUACGGUUCAUUUGCUGACUUCGAUCCCGCCUCAUUCGAUCCAAACAAUCCUCCUAUCCCACCGCUCAACGGCGUCGAAACUCAACCCCCAGAUCAAACACUGUUCACUGGCCACAUGGACCCAAGCGCCCCUGCGGGAAUGGGCGAGUUCUACCAGCCCAGCGCAUGGUUCCUGCCCUUUAAUCUUGAUCCUGUUGGCGGCGGAAACGCACCAUCACAAGCUCCGCCCCCGGCUUCCAUGCCUGGGGGAAACAAUGGUGACGGCACGUCAUCUGGGAUCCCUUCUGUGGAUAUGUCGGGCUUUGGGGGUGCCGGAGGCAUGUCUUUCUAA